ACGAUAUUGUCGGUUGAACCGGGUAUUGUUUCAAACACGCUGCUUAUUAUGCUAAGCACACGUUUUGGAAUGCGUUCAAAAUUGAGUGAAAAUAUGGAUCGAAAUGUCGUUGGCACUAAACAAAAAAUGUCAGGGUGUGUCGUUUGUGUGGUGAAUGUGGGAAAAUACUAGUAAGUCUAGAGACUGUUUAACUUUGAUCGACCAGUCGUGAAUUAUUUAAACAGUGUACGGAUUUACGAUCGUCAUCGAUGAUUGCAGCGAUAGAUAGGGCACACUAUUAUACGGAUAAUUCACCGGGGUAACUUCGGACGCUGCUGACCCGCUAGUGCCCUGGCAUAUUGUUCAAGUUUGACCCGCGUAAGACACAGGGGGACAGAUGAGCCGUUGAAUAACGCCGUGGUCUAUUGUAGUCUACUAUAAAAAUUUCAAAUUCAAUUGAAGAUAGAAGACCUUGUGGUUUCGUGGAUAUAAAAGGCUGAACCUUUCUUCAUUUCUUUGUUAGUUCGCGUGAUUCAUGCAUUGACGUGUUAUGGUUUUAUGUAUGAGUCAAUGAAAGUGAUAAUGUACAAAUAAUAGUCACUGACCAUGAAGUAAAGUCCAAUUUUAUGCAAAAAUAAUAUUCACGUAAGGCAUGGUUUCACAUGCCUACAGUGCUAUAUCUAAACUAGAGCUAAAAUCACAGUGCUAAGUGUAAUAAUACGAGUAACACACACCGGCGAAGUGGUUCCUCCUUUGAAUUUCUGGCGUGUAUGACGUCAUCGGUGACGUCACUAUGGAGACUUACGUGAAGCGGACCUACCAGCAGAGGGCCCUCAAGGCGAAGCGCCUUGCCUCAGAGGACACGGAGAACUACCCAUUCUGGGACUACAGGUCCCGACGUGGUAGUUGCUCAACUUCCGGUACUUCGUCGUCCACAUCUUCCGGUUGCUCCUCCUUUGAUGGCAGCAGUAUUUCCUCCCUGAGCUCAAUUCGGGGAGCCGAUAACGUCAGUAUCGACUCUGGCAGCCUCGGUUCCGACUCGGACUCCGUCAUGCUGCCUAGCGACCCCUACCGGCUGCAACUGCACUUCCUCGUUGAUCCACGUGAGGUCUUGCCAUUAGCCAAGCUGUACCAGCCCGUAUUGAACAUGAUAGACCAGGAUCUGCAUAUUUUCAACGUAAUCGCCAAUACAGAUGACGAAACGGUGAACCAGUCAUUUUGUCAGCCGAAACCCGUCUCGCGCAUGCCCAGUGUUGCGAUGAUGAUAUUCCUGAGCGAAGAAGGACCGCUGGGUUAUGAGCGCGUGCAGACGGCUAAAAGACGAUUCGAGAAGUCACCGUGGAGAUUCCACCAUUCGGAACACGUCGGUCAAGGGAAAAUCAACUUAUAUCCGUAUAAUAGCUCGGACUAUUUUUACACCUCGGAAGAAUUACCGCUUUGGGCCGUGCGGAUGGUGCACUGUGGAAAGGAAUCACUACGCAUUGUGCUAUUUACGAGCGAGGAGUCAUGGGCUGAUAUGCUCGAGUUUUAUAAAUUAAUCAUCGGUUACGAACCGGACAUGACACGUGACGAUUUCUGCAUGUUCACCAUUCAUUCUCGAGAACAUUACAACGUGCAAUUCGCGUUAAAGAAACUCAAGGGAGAGACUCUUCCGCGACCUUUGCAAUCAGUAAAACUGCAAUUUAAAGUGCCGGAUGUGGGUAGCCUGGUGCCAUUGUUCCCAAACGUGUGCAAACCGAUCUCGGACAAUCUGUGGGAAACUAAGGAUCAUGACGGAAACGUCAUAACCAUCGAUGUCGUCGGAAAACACCAUGCAAAAUCGUCAACGCCGACCGAAAGUGCGAUGAUGACGUCACGAGCACGCUCGUCGUCACGUUCAUCACGCUCGUCACGCGGUUCAGUGAAUUCAGACAAAUCCGUGCAAUCGUUCACCUCAGUGACAUCAUCUUCUCUGUCGUCAUCAGUGACCAGCGAGAAAUCUCUCUCGCUAAGUGACGUUAUUUCCGUGACAACGCCGGAAAUAGAGGAUCGACCACCGGCGCUUCCACCACGUGUGCCCCUUAAGAAACCCCCAGUAGACCCACCUUGCGUACCGGAAAGACCCAAGCAGAGCCUGGUGGGCCUUAAGGGCUUCUACGUAUAGAAUUCUUGCUUAGGAUCAGUCGACCAAAAUUGUGACAAGAACGCGUUACUAGCUAAAGAACCCGUUGUAAAAUGAUAUUGAAGUGUUUAUAAAUACGACGUAUUUGCGGUCAGUCGUGGAUAUUUUCUUUUACCAGUGUCUGAAAAUCAACUCCGACUUCAGAAUACCUCUGUUAUUUAUAACAACAGUAUUACACCAGAGAUGGUAGGCAGACGAGAUUGAUUCGUUUUGCUUGUCAUUUUUAUAUCUCGAUAUUUGCAAAGGCCUUUUUACCUGUAGCCUGACAUAAAGUAUACUAUAUUACAUAGUUCUUACGUUACUCAAAACACAAUUUGUACGAGUACUUUCCCUUGAGCAUUGGUGGAUUUCGAAUCUAACGAUUACUGCUCAAUGACUAUUUUUGCGAAUAACAAUUGUACGGAUAUGUGCUUCUAUGCUAUCAAAUACUCACUGUGCUAAAAGCAAUUUAAUAAGUACUAGUAAUCUGACCUUUUUCUUUUUCUGUUAUAUGUAAUUUAUAUUUGGCAUAUAUAUUUUAGUUAAGAAAGUUCAUGAUUGGUUGGUACAAUUUUUACGGGUUAACAUAAUGUGUACAUGUAAUGCCAAUGCCGGUAAGAGGUGACUGUACAAAUGGUUUGGAUGUAUUCAUGAAUGUCUCAUUUUUUGGUCGAUUGCGUCUAAGUGAAGUAUUAAUGAAUCCACACAUUCGUUGAUCUGAAAACAUGUGCUUUCUAUUUAUGUUUGUGUUUAUGUACAUAUGUUUGUUUGGAUCUCAUAAAUGAAUAGUUUGUGUUAAAUAACAUGUAAAGGAUAUUACAUACACGCACAUUUAUUGAUAAUUUUAAACUGUAGGUUUAAUAACGUUAACAAACUUGUAAGGACAAAAUAUUCAUAUAGUGUACACAUAAGUGCAAAUUACAUUCCUCAUUUUAAUAAUUUUAUGAACAUUAGGUUAGUGCUAACAACAAUGUAACAACCAUAUAACAAUGAUAUUAAAUGAUGGGCAUUGUAACAAAUCUAAGUAAAUACAUAUCUACAUGUUAUCAGCAUUUAUUGUAUUUUGUCAAUCAAAAUAACAGAGUGUGUAUUGUAAAGAUGUUAAUCGUAAAUAUGUACAUAUUCGUGGAAGAAUCUUGUAAAGUUUGUAUAAAAGCAUUCUAUGCAUUCUCGUUAUUUUGUACGAGCUAUCACCUUUGCAUUUGUCACGCACGAGUGUGAUUUUGUACAUGAAUAAACUAUAUUUUGUUAAA